AGGGCUCAACCGCUCUGUGGAGCCCAGACGGGCUCAACACACCCAGGGCGGGAGCAGGCGCCGCGAGGCGCAUGACACCUGGUCAGGACCACACCUUAGCUAAAGCGUGAGAGUCGGUGCUGAAAGGCCUUAGACAGACUUCAUCACCCCUGGGUAAAGGCAAACACGACCGCACGCCUCGAUCCUUCCUACACAGCUUCGCCGCCAUGCUGCAGCCCGCCACAAGAUGGCCACCCGCAGCGCCUCCAGCAUGCGCUCGAGCCGUGCAGCCAUUAGCUGGCUCACAGCAUCGGUUCCACAUGUCGCCACGCUGAUUGGUCAACACCGUGAGGGCCGGCCCGUCCGGCAGCGAGACGAUGAAGCGGCAGGUCCUUUCCCUGCGAGGCGCUCUAAGAUGGCGGCCGAAGGACAGUGGUUGAGUUGGAAUGUUUCACCCAAAAAUGGCAAAGAAGUGUUUUUCUCACGUGAAACGUAUGAAAAAUAUUCACUGGCUCCGAGCCUCUUGGAACUGUGGAAUUUAUCAAACAGAUUGGCGAAGAAAGAUGUGGAGGUAUUGGCAGAUUCUUCAGAAAACAAACAGACUGCUAACACACAGGCUACAAAUGCAGUUGAGGUGGUGACUAAAACCGCAACUGAUGAUCAUCCUUUUCCAGAACCUAGACUUCCCUAUCCAUUUACCUCUUGUCUGACUGAGAAGGAGCAGAAAACAUAUUUGUAUCUGAUGACUAAGUUCUCAAAAACACCAAAUCAUUUUCCUCUCAAUGCAGCAAGCCAAAGAGAGUUACUGACAUAUCUGAAAAUGAAAGAAGUAGUAAACACUGAAGUUGCAGAAUUUAUGAAAUUUGCCCAAAAUGCUGCAAAAAGCUGCAGUCAAGACUAUGAUUGUAUCUCUAAAGAUGCUCUGCUUUAUACUGAGGAAUUAUUCAGGGCUUGUAUUGGACAUGUGAAAAAGUAUCCUGAGUUUUACACGUUACAUGAAAUAAUGAGCAUCAUGGGAGGAAAAUUUAACACGCAAUUGACCUUCAAGCUGGAAAAAAAUCUUCUUGCAAUGGGUACAGCAAGAUAUGCUAAGACAGCAUUCCCUACCAUGCCUGUUCAGCUCUGCACAGAUUAUAAAACCGUUACAUCUAUUAUAACUCCAGAAAAGGCUUCUCUUAUGCACAACGAUAUUAGCUCAGAUUCAAAUGCAGAAAAGCUUGCUUUGAAAUACUCCCCUCAAGUUGUUCUAAGUAAUCAGUCGUUAUUUACGUUGCUGAAUAAUCAUGGAUUAAACUACAAGGAACAGUGGGAAAUCCCAGUUUGUGUUAAAAUGAUCCCUGAUGCAGACAACAAAGCAGCUAAAGUGGUUUUCGUUGACUCACCUCUUCUGAAAAAGGAAAUAACAGUAAGAGAGAGGAACCAAGUAUUCCAUGAAAUUCCAGCGGACUUCCUAGCAACUAAAAAGUCUUACGCUGCAGUUUCCGAUGUUUUGAUGGACAAACCAGAUGAGGACAGUCUGUUUCAAUGGGAUAUGCCUUCUGACACCUACCAGUGCAGGAAGAUUCCACUUACAGAUGAUGCAGGGAUGGAUUUUGAUGAUGAUUUUACAGAACUGGAAACUUUUGGGGCAGCCGUCAAACUUUCAAGGACUUCUAAAACAGAAAACACUUGUUCAGUUAGUAACACUGAUAAGGUUUUGUCAUGUGACUUACAAACAGAAAAAAAACUGACAUCUACCAUAAACAGUGAAGCUCAAGAGAGAAAAGCUCCUCUUUCUGAGCAAGGAUUUUCAGCGUAUUCCAGAAUGCAGCUUCCAUCAUGUGGCAAUGUGUGCUUCAGCCCUGGAGGAAAUUGGGCUCAUAAAAACUUUCAUUCUGUGGAGAUGGAGUUGAAAACACAGGAUGUCAUGACCAAAAAAGUAUCAGACAAUGAAACAAAUACUUCAUAUCCUGCUGUAAGUUGCAAAAAAGACUCUUGUGCUGCACAGAAAAAUGAGAUAUAUGCUCCUUUAUGCAGUAGUGACACCGACGAAGAUCGUUUAAUAAUUGAUACAGAACAUAAAAAUACUGAGUGCAAAAAAACUGUUCCAAAUGCUGUUUCUCAGACCUUGGUCCAGACUUCCAAGUCACCUUCCCCCACCCCAAAUCCAUCAACAAGCAUGGCUGAUUGCUCAGAAAUUGUGCAUCAGGGGAAAAACGUCUCCAGAAAGGCUCCAAGAAGGUUGUCCAAAGAAUUUGAUCCUGUUGGACAGAUUUUGAAAAUGCAAACGGAGCUCCUCAAGUCACCUACCCAAAAAGCUCAUGAGCAGCCAGCAGUGAGCUGUGACCAUGCUAAUGCUGCGCAAACUCAUGUGCCUCAAUCUUCAAAGCCACCAGUGAUCUCCCACACAGCACCUGUGCUGGGCCCUGCCUCAAGUUCUCAUGGUUCAUCUAGGAAUACCUGGACGUGUCUUUUUCAGGGGGUGCCAAGGAGAAAGCUGCCAGAUGAACUUCAGAUGCUUGUGGAAGACCCUGGAGAGUAUAAAGCACCUCAGGAUGGCAACCUCGUGUAUAAGCUGUUCAGUUUGGAUGACCUGUUGUUACUUGUGCGUUGCAGUGUGCAAAAAGUGAGAUCAUUGCCACGUUUCAAUAAAAAGAAGAAAGCUCAAAAGCUUAUUCCAGUAUUCCUAUUGCCUAAACUGGAAUACCAAGCCUAUUAUGGUGUUGAAGCUCUUACAGAAAGUGAAGUUUGUCAACUGUGGACAGAGAGUAUGCUUCAUUCUGAAUGCUUAUUUUAUACUGGUAAGUUGAUGUGUUGAUUUGUGCUUGCUUGU